AUGCCGAACCAGGUCAACGACCCCUCAAAGACCAGCGAAGACACCUUCGGCGUGCAAAAAUCUGCCAAAACACCCCAGAAGGCCGCACAGGAUCAGGAAGACUACGAGGCGCAGAAAGAACAUUCGAACAGUGGCAGCAACACGCACUCGGGGACAGGUAUGGAGUACGUUGAUCGGAAGAACAUCAAAGGAGAUGAGAAGCAGAGGAGAGAGGGGAACUGA